AUGGCCGCGCUACGGCUGGACGGAUUGGACCAGCUGCCGGAAAACGGCGCUGUGCCGCAGACGCCGGAACCCCGCGGCUCGUCCAAGCUGCUGUCGCGCGUGGACGCCGCCGUGCUGCCCUUCCUCGGCGGCUUCGGGACAUACCAGCGGCGCCUCGUGGCUCUGACGUGGGUGCCUGCGCUGCUCAUUGCCUUCAGCCAGUUCUCCGAUUCUUUCUUACUGGCGCAGCCCAAGAGCGCGUGCGCGAUUAACGAGAGCGGGCUCGCUAUGCCGAGCGCGAGCCCCAGCCCUAGCCUCCUUCUCGCGCCUGAGCCGCUCUUGGCAGACGCGGAGAGCGCUAACGACAGCGCGCCGUGCAUGUGCAGCGAGGGCAGGUUCGAGCUGCAGUCAGGACUGCAGCAGAACGUGGUCACCAAGUGGCAGCUUGUAUGCGAUGAAGAGUGGAAGGUCCACAUUGCUAAGUUCUCUUUGCUGGUGGGGUCCAUAUUUGGUUACUUGCUGAUGGGGGCUAUGGCAGACUGGUUAGGUCGUAUCCCGGUGCUGCUGGUGUCGGUGUUGUCCGUGCUUGCGUUCGGCUUGGCUGUGGCGUUCUCUGUGGAUGUGGCCAUGUUUAGUACACUUCGCUUCUUUGAGGGUUUUUGCCUGGCUGCCAUCAGGCUCUCCCUUUUUGUACUGAGGAUUGAGCUGUGUUUGCCUGGUUGGCGCUUCUCCAUGACAAUGGUUGCCAGUCUGGUUGUGGUGGGUGGGCAGCUGCUGAUGCCUGGCUUAGCAGCACUGUGCCGGGAUUGGCAGAUUCUUCAGGUUCUCAUCAUCGUCCCAUUUGUCCUCAUGCUUCCAUAUGUUUGGGUGUUUCCAGAGUCACUGCGCUGGUUGUUGGCUACGCAGCACUAUCAAAGAGCGAAGAAGCAAAUGUACUCCAUUGCCCGGAGUAAUGGUGUUGACACGUCAGCUGAUCCUAAUGGAAUCCUUUCAGAGCUGGAGAGAGAGCUGCAGCAGAAGCCCAGAACCUCCUGCAUCACACAGCUGAGCAGCACCAGAAACCUGUGGAAGAGCACUGUAGUGCUUUGUGUCAACUCGCUGACUGGCUAUGGUAUCCACCACUGUUUUGCACGCAGUGUUCUGGAGGGCAGUACCUCUCACCUGCAUUACUACGCUCUGGCGGGCAUUGCCAUGGCCUCAUGUGUGGUACUUUGUCCAGUGGUGGUGGGCUUUGGCAGGAGAGGCGGCCUCCUGACCUUCAUGAUUAUCACAGCACUAGCCUCAUUGCUUCAGCUCGGCUUGCUCAGCUUAAUUGGAAAAUAUAGUCUUCGCCAUGAUACAGUUCUGAGGGACACUCUGAACCGGCGGUUCUCUGUGGCAUUUUCUAUCAUUGGAAUGUUCUCAUCACGCGCUGUCAGCACUCUCAGCAUCUUCUACUGCGCAGAGAUUACUCCUACUGUCAUCAGGGGUGGAGGUGUAGGUCUGGUCCUUGCAAGUGCAGGAUUUGGCAUGCUAACGGCCCCACUUAUGGAGCUUCACAACCAGAAAGGCUUCUUCCUUCAUCAUGUCAUCCUCACCUGCUGCACCCUCCUCUGCAUCAUUUGCAUUCCAUUGCUGCCAGAGACAGCAGGCCAACCGUUGCCAGAGACUCUGGCUGAGGGGGAGGGGCUACUGCGCAGGCCCCUCCUCCCUGGAGAGCAGCACCACCUCCUGGCCAGGCCAGAGGUCAGGGAGUAUUCCCGUGUUCAGGAUACACCCCUCCAUCAGGCGGCGAACCCCAGCAACAGCACAGCUCCUAGCAGCAGCACAGCCAAUGGAGUUAGGACUUGAUUAUAUACAUGUCACUCAAAUCAAAGCUAGCACAGGCCAUAUGAAGAACAGCGGAACAAUAAUCGGAUCGGCCCGCAAGCACAAAGGUGCAUCAUGAGGUUAAAACCACUAAAAUGAGGGAAGUUUUCCAGAGCUUUUUAACCAGUGAAUGAUGACAAACCACUGACUAUGGAACAGGUUAUAACUAUUCAUAAUGUGUCAAAGCUCAUAAGCCAGCUGAAAUGUGGAUGGUUCGAGAAGAGGAUUAUGAAAAUGAAUGAUUCACUCAUCCAAUGAAUGGAGUUAUAUUUUUCAAAUGACCACUAAGUUGAUGUUAAUUUGUUGAUGUUGGCAAUGUUGAGUUGCCACACAGUUUUUCAGGUUUUCUAAAGCCUCCCUGGUGUUUUGCACUAAGACCAGAAAAAGCAAUCAUGUCAGUUAGAAUUUGUACAUAUGUGUUGUCUUAUGCAUGUGUGUGAAAGAGAGUGAGACAGUCGGUGAGAAAUAGAGAUCUGUGGAUUAUGAUGGUUGGAGAAAAAAAGCUGAAUCCAUGGCCCUGUUUCUUAAAAACAAUCAUAGUGUUAAGACCAUGUUCACUUUCAGAGACGGUAGUUCAUACUGUAAUACUCUGUACUGUUUAAAAGGGAAUUGCACCCAUUUUUUUAAAAAUGUCUGCACGAUACAGUCUUUGAUAAAUAAAUAAAGUAAUUGAGUGGUUUAAUGUGAAAUGGUGCAUUAUAGAGAAACUUUAAAACUUGAAUUUCUUUACCAUAGUAUUGACAGGAACCAGGGUUGUAUACAGAUGUCUACAGAUUACCGUAUUAUUUACUAUCCAAAGUGAAAAAAAUGACCCUAUGUUACGGAAGCGAAUCAUUGAAAUGAAAAUGUAAUAUGUAAAAUUGGUGGUGUAUCUGUAUGUUUGCAUUUAAGUGUUCCACUUACAUAUGCAACAUUCAGCUCAAAAUGAAAAUUCAAUUUUAAUUAGCUAGGUAUACAAGUAUUGACAUUUCAUUUACAUAUUUAAAUUAAAAUGUAUUUCCAGAACUGCUUAUUUAUGGUUAAUGUGAUUAUGUAAUAUUUAUAUGAUAAAUGAUGAUUAAAAUGUAAUUGAUCAUUUAAUUGCAUUAUCAAAGAGAACACCAAGCUAGAAAGAUGUCAAAAUUCAGAUGUAAACG